ACAAAAUAAAUAUGCUGCUCCGGUCAUUUCGCACCGUCGAGCUUCUCCGCCGUAUCUCCACUUCUUCAGUCUCCGGUUACCGCCCUUCUCCUCCCUUCUUACAACGUUUCAAUGGCGACGUUCAAAGCUAUUUCCCCAGUCAUACCCCUCGCUUCUGUUACUCUAUAAGCGUGAAUCCUCAAAACGAGAAUCGUCAAUACACGACUGCAUCAGCACCGGUGUUUUCUAAACGGGCUAGUAAAAGAAAGAUUUCACGGCGGAGGCAUGCCGGAAAAUCACAAUCAAACUCGCCGGCGGCGGAUGCGGUUGAUUUGGCGUUAGAUUCAGUAGUGAAGAUCUUCACUGUUUCUACAAGUCCUAGUUACUUUCUUCCAUGGCAGAACAAGUCUCAAAGAGAAUCAAUGGGCUCUGGAUUUGUGAUAUCUGGAAGAAGGAUUAUAACUAAUGCUCAUGUAGUGGCUGAUCACUCCUUUGUGUUAGUUAGAAAGCAUGGUUCGUCUAUAAAGCAUAGAGCAGAAGUUCAAGCUGUUGGUCAUGAGUGUGAUUUAGCUAUAUUGGUUGUUGAUAGUGAAGUGUUUUGGGAAGGUAUGAAUUCGUUAGAGCUCGGUGAUAUACCGUUUUUGCAGGAAGCUGUUGCGGUUGUUGGCUAUCCUCAAGGUGGUGAUAAUAUCUCUGUUACAACGGGUGUUGUGUCGCGAGUUGAACCAACGCAAUAUGUUCAUGGUGCUACUCAACUAAUGGCUAUACAAAUAGAUGCGGCGAUUAAUCCAGGGAAUAGUGGUGGUCCGGCUAUUAUGGGAAACAAAGUGGCUGGUGUCGCGUUUCAGAAUCUUUCAGGUGCUGAGAAUAUAGGCUAUAUCAUUCCAACACCAGUAAUUAAGCAUUUCAUAACUGGUGUUGAAGAAUGUGGUAAAUACAUUGGUUUCUGCGCAAUGGGAGUAUCAUGUCAGCCUAUGGAGAAUGCUCAACUCCGUCGUGGAUUUCAGAUGAGUCCUGAAAUGACAGGGGUUCUUAUAAGCAAAAUUAACCCUCUAUCAGAUGCUCACAGGAUUCUGAAGAAGGAUGAUGUUAUUCUCUCGUUUGAUAAUGUUUCUAUAGCAAAUGAUGGAACAGUUCCUUUCCGGAACAGGGAGCGAAUCACUUUUGAUUAUCUGGUUUCUAUGAAGAAACCAGAUGAAACGGCCUUGGUUAAAGUCUUGAGGGAGGGGAAAGAACAUGAGUUCAGUAUCACACUAAAACCUCUGCAACCUCUGGUUCCAGUGCAUCAAUUUGAUCAGCUUCCCAGUUAUUACAUUUUUGCGGGCUUCGUAUUUGUACCUCUCACUCAACCAUACCUUCAUGAAUAUGGAGAAGAUUGGUAUAACACUUCUCCCCGCAGUUUAUGCAUGCGUGCACUAAAAGAUUUGCCCAAAAAAGCCGGUCAACAACUUGUCAUUGUCUCUCAGGUGUUAAUGGAUGACAUCAACACAGGAUACGAGCGUCUCGCAGAGCUACAAGUGAAGAAAGUGAACGGAGUGGAAGUGGAUAAUCUGAGACAUCUAUGUCAGCUCAUAGAGAACUGCAACACCGAGGAACUGAGGUUAGACUUAGACGAUGAUGAGAGGGUAAUCAUCUUGAACUACCAAUCCGCAAAAAUUGCGACUUCUUUGAUUUUGAAACGACACAGAAUAGCAUCUGCGAUUUCCAGCGAUCUGCUUAUCGAACAAAAUCCAGUAACCGAGUUGGCUUCUUGUUCUGCUGUCUGAGCCACACAAUGCCAAUGCAUUUGGCAUGUUGUACAACUUCAAAUUCAUUCAUAUUUGUAAACCACAAUGUUGUAUCAUCAUAAACAUUUAGGGAUUUGAUAAGCGGCUUUUCACAAGCCUGAAUUUUGAAAAUUAUUUAUAGAAAUUUUUUCUUUACUCCAA